AGAGGGUAGUGAGGCUGUGCGUGAGUCACAUGGGAAGCAGUCAGGGUGCCGUCACAUGGUUUGUGUUUGCAAGCCAAGGCUAACAAAGAAAAAGACAAAGUUUGGGUGCUGUGCUGUUCCUCUCUUUGAAAGUGCCAGACAGCUUUGAGCCCCGCUCGCUGCCUGUUAUGGAAAUUCCAGCCAUCAAUCUAAAGGCCAUCGUUCUGGUGCACUGGUUGCUUACAGUCUGGGGAUGCAUGGCGUGGCUGCCCACCUCGUUCGCCUGGGGCAACUUUAGCGUCCUGGCUGUGGGGGUGUGGGCCAUCGCUCACAGGGACUCCAUUGACGCCGUGCUGAUGUUUCUGAUCGGGAUGGCCGUGACCAUCUUGACGGACAUCAUCCACUUUGGCAUCUACUACUCGCUGAGCGAACUGGCGUCCGAAAAGGGGCGAGACGUGUUCCGCUUCAGCGCCGGCAUGGCCAUCCUCAGCCUGCUGCUCAAGCCCGCUUCCUGCUUUUUCGUCUACCAGAUGUACCGCGAGCGAGGGGGGGAUUACAACGUCAACUUUGGUUUCCCCUCCAUGAGCCGAAACCGAGACGCGUACCAGUCCAUCGACCCCCAACAGGACGCCUCCACCAGCGUUGCCAACCCCUUCAACCAGGCGCAGGACACCAAGGCACCGCGAGCCUACUGAUGCCCGCGCGCUAGCGCCACCUGCAAACCGGGCGGCCAAGUGCAGCAUGACCGGCCGCCUGUCUGCUGUGUUCCAGAGUGUCAUUGCUGUCAUUGUUGUGGAAGCCUUUCCAUGUCAAUAUUGUAUAGUGUCUGUUGCAUUUUUU